UCCCCCGCGCGGCCCAUGUCCUCCGCGCCGCUGCGCUCGCCCACCCUGCGGCCCCACAGGAUGAAGAAGGACGAGUCGUUCCUGGGCAAGCUCGGCGGCACGCUGGCGAGGAAGAAGAAGGCCAAGGAGGGUCAGGAAGGGCAGCUGGACUCCUUGGGGACAUCAGGUCCCCAUAGCCUUUGACUCCGGGCCGGAUGCCGCCACCUAUCCGCUAGAAUCCUGAGAAUUGUGGAGAUUGAACCUGGACAUCAUAACCUCCUGGGAAAGAACUGGCCUCACACUCCAAGGCCUUUGCAAGCGUGGUAGCUCCGGAAAGAACUCCCCAUCCCAUGUGGUGAUCGUAGCUUGGGGUGAACACUGUCUCUGCGGAGAUCAGAAAGAGUGGUCCCCCCUUCCCCAGCUGUCCGUCUGCUCUGCGGGACACCUUCCUGGGCCCUGUUUUAACGGAGCUGUGAGAUCUUCACGGGCCGUACAACGGGACUCCCUUUCAGCAGAACCACUGAGUGAAGAGCUCCAUGGCUGUGACUGACCUGCAGGAAGAAGGCAGACAUGCCAUCAACUCGCCGAUGUCCCCCGCCUCGGCAGAUAUCCAUCCCGAAGACACCCUGCUAGAGGAGAACGAGGAGCGCACAAUGAUUGACCCCACCUCCAAGGAUGACCCCAAAUUCAAGGAGCUGGUCAAGGUUCUCAUCGACUGGAUCAACGACGUCCUGGUGGAGGAGAGAAUCAUCGUGAAGCAGCUGGAGGAGGACCUUUAUGACGGCCAGGUGCUGCAGAAGCUCUUGGAAAAACUGGCGGGCUGCAAGCUGAAUGUGGCUGAGGUGACGCAGUCUGAGAUCGGGCAGAAGCAGAAGCUGCAGACGGUGCUGGAAGCCGUGCACGGCCUCCUGCGGCCCCACGGCUGGGCGCUCCAGUGGACCGUUGACUCAAUUCAUGGGAAGAGCCUGGUGGCCACCCUCCACCUCCUUGUGUCUUUGGCCAUGCACUUCCGGGCCCCGAUCCGCCUCCCGGAGCACGUGUCUGUACAAGUGGUGGUCGUUCGGAAGCGGGAAGGCCUGCUGCAUUCCAGCCACGUCACGGAGGAGCUGACCACAACAACGGAGAUGAUGAUGGGUCGCUUCGAGCGGGACGCCUUCGACACCCUCUUUGACCACGCCCCAGACAAGCUCAGCGUGGUGAAGAAGUCUCUCAUCACGUUUGUGAACAAGCACCUGAACAAGCUGAACUUGGAGGUGACAGAACUGGAGACCCAGUUUGCAGAUGGCGUCUACCUGGUUCUGCUCAUGGGCCUUCUGGAGGACUACUUCGUCCCCCUGCACAACUUCUACCUGACCCCAGACAGCUUCGACCAGAAGGUCCACAACGUGGCGUUUGCCUUUGAGCUGAUGCUGGACGGAGGGCUCAAGACACCCAAGGCUCACCCUGAAGAUGUGGUGAACCUGGAUCUCAAAUCCACCCUGAGGGUUCUUUACAACCUGUUCACCAAGUACAAGCACCUGGAGUGAGCAGGGAGCGGCGGAGACCCUGCAGGGCCGGGAGGCCCACCAGCCUUGUUCCCCACCCCACCCCUCCCCCACGCCACCCGGCCUCUUCAGGUUAUUGCUCUUAAGCUCCCCUGUGUAGCCCACAGUGGGCAGGAUUCUGCAGCCCAGUGCUGGCAUGUGGCCCCAUCGGUGCCGAGACACGUGUCAGCCCUGAUCCCCCCCACACCCUUCAGCCUGUGUGUGUGUGUGGGGGGGCGCCCUGCAAGCCUUUCCAUGCAGCAGUUAACGACCACGGCCAUGGGUGAUCAGAACAGCACCCACAGCUCUGAGGAGCCAUGAGUCAGCCUGACUAUGGCGGGGGAAAUCUCCUUGGAAGAGAGGCCUUUUUAGUAAAAAGCCUUUUGUAGUUUUAAAAAAACUUCCCUCUAAAGUCCCGGGGGCUUUUGAUGGGACAGGAGGGCCCGCCCCACAUUCCGUUGCUUGACCAGCCAGUGUUUCUCCUUUACCUUUUGCACAAAAAUCUAAGACCCGGGUGACCCUCAGUGCCACCGAGCCGGAGGCAGGAUUUGCUGAAGUGGUUUCUGAUUUUUUUUUUUUUUGGUGACGGCCAAGUGGGCUAUGUCGGGAGCCGGAUCUAAAGUGUUGCUUGAUACAUCUCAGGGGCCCUGUUUGGGAAGAGACGCAUUUUUAAACUUUUAUAAAAAGCGGAGUCUCUCAGUUUGCAGGGGCCGCCGUUAACAAAGGGCCACAGGCGGGGACUUAGACAACAGGAACGGAUGGUCCCCCAGCUCCGGAGGCCAGAAAUCCAGCAUUAAGGCAGGGCUGACUCCCCCUGAGGCCCCUCUCCCGGCUUGCGGAUGGCCUCCCUUCCCCGUGGCCUCAUGUGCCCCCUCCCGCCGCCGUGCCCGUCUGCGUCCUAACCUCCUUUUACAAGGACACCCGUCAUAAUGGAUGAGGGCCACUCAUAUGACCUCAUUGUAACAUACCGACCUCUGUAAAGACCCCAUCUCCAAAUACAGUGACAUUCUGAGGUACCUGGGCUUAGAGCUUCAACAUAUGGAUUCUGGGGGACGCAGUCCAGGCCUAAUUGGGGGAAUAUGACGUCUUUAUCCCCCUCCUCCCCAGUGUGGCAUUCAACCCUGCUGGUAUCCCCCACUGGGCACCCCUGAAAGGAAUGCUGUUCGCCCCUUCCCCCGCUCACUUUGGCUCAAGAGAGAAACGGGGCGGGGGGGGGGGGUGACGGCAGCCUCCUUCCUGGGCUCUCAGCUCUCAGGACAGGCCUUUCUCAUCUCCAAUUUUCACCUUCCUGCUGUUGAUCGGAGCAGUUGUGCUGGUUGUUAAUAUUAAAUCGGAUGCCAGCGCUCACGACUCAGGAAACACCGAUUCCCCUGUCCCCUGUCUCAGCUUUGCCGCUGCGAGUCUGAUGGAGGUGGUUUCCCAGCAGGGGACAGAAAUAAUUAAAACAGUAUUACGGUGUCUCCUGCGGGACGCGGCGACAUUAAAGGGCCACAUUGACAGAAGAACCAAGGCUGGAACAGUCUGUGCCGACUUCAUUACAUGCGUAGGAUCCCUGCCGGCCGCCAGAGCCACGGAGGCCGGUCUCCUGGCUUUUACAGGCGGGUCUGGCCAGACUCUGCCCAUCCCCGGGGGUCCCGGGGACCGAAGGAGGGGGCGCUGACAUUUGGAAAGAACGCAGCCUUGGGGUUUUCAGCGCAGGUGGGCAGCUCCGGUGGACUCCGUGCCUGGAAAAGGAGGCAGUGGUCUUGGGGGGCGGGGAGUGCGUGCGCUUCAAGCCCUCUGUGUUCCUGGUAAAAGGGAUCCCUAGAUAUGGGCCAGCUGUGUCAUGGUGCCGAUUCUCUAAGGCCAGGGUUCCAGCAGAGCAGGUGAUCUGUCAUCCAAACUGGCUUUAUUCAAGUUGGUUCCCUGCCCUGAAUGCAUCUCCUUCCCCCCGCCCUUCACUGUCCACUCUGAAUCAGAGCUCAACGCAAGGCCUGGGCAUCCGCGUCGGGGGUGCAGUCAUGAGACAGAGAGCAGGGUGAACUCUGGGGGCGGCCUCUCCUGUGAUCAGCCCUCCUGGCUUAGCGACCAUAGCUGUGAGUUUCAGGUCUGUGAUGCUGGGACAUCUUCUUGGGGUAACUUGUGCAGAAGCCACUUCCCUUAAUCUUGAAAGUUCUAGAACCCUUCCUCCUCAAUUGACCCACCUUUUCAGUGCAUUGUUUUUUGGUCGGGGGUGGGACCCCCCACAGGAACUAAGUGAAAGUGAGAUCAUUUGCGCCCGAGUGGCUCCGGCUCAGGGUCUGCAGGGCCCAAGUGAGGGCCCAGGCAGGGGCCGUGAGAUGGUCACCUUUUAUCCUUCUUGGAGCGGCUGUUUGAGGCUCCCACUGGCCAUGGGGAGGCUACCUGCAGCUUUGCUUCCCCCGUGACAACCACAGGGUCUUAUGCAUGCAGAGCCCUAAUGUCCUAAUUGGAUGUGACAAAGAGCUGUGUUUUAAAGGAACUGAAUGCUUUUUUCACCCCCUUUUGCGGGCCCGUGUUUCAUUGUCCUUUUAGCUGUUUUAAGCAGUGGCGCCUUUGGAUGUCUGGAUAUCGAAUAAAAGCCGCUAAACCCCUGGCUGUGUUGGCAAUGCUGUCCGCCUGGCCGGCAGCGGGAAGCCGCGGCUCCUCGGGUCUGCCGUGGGCCCUGCCGUGAACCUGACCUCCCGGGAGCCAGAGCCUUGGUUAGGGAAGUGCUGUGCGGUGUGAAUAGUGUGCUGUUACUUAUUCCAAUAAAGACCUCGAGAGA